CAGUCGCAAAUUGUCUCUGCUCCAAGGCGAAAUGCUGUUCUGCCUGCCACUGGUCAUCGCUGCCGUGUGCAUUGUUCUGGCGCUGGCCACGCUCAGCUGGCUGCCAUUGCGCCCGUGGCUGCGCCGGCGCCGUCGAGCCCACGAACUGGCCGCACUGCUGCCGGGACCGCGGACGCUGCCGUUGAUCGGCAAUUUCCAUAUGUUUCUGGGCUUGAAGCCGUCUCAGGUGCCCCAGCUGAUUGCCGAACUGGCGGACAAAUAUGGCGGCACCUUCAAGCUCAAAAUGGGCACCAAUUUCAGCGUUAUGAUGUUCGAGCCGCGCGACGUCGAGACCGUGCUGGGCAGCACUCAGCUGCUGGACAAGGCCAUUGAGUACAAUUUCCUAAGGGGCUGGCUCAACGAGGGCCUCCUGGUCAGUCGUGGCCGCAAAUGGCACAAGCGGCGCAAAAUCAUAACGCCCGCCUUCCACUUUCGCAUACUGGAUCAAUAUGUCGAGAUCUUCGAUAGGCAGACGCGUCUGCUUGUAAAGCACUUGGCCCAGGCUCGCGGCGAUGGCGGCAAUUCAGUCGAGCUGGGACAUGCUGCGCAUCUGUGCGCCCUGGAUGUCAUCUGUGAAACCGCCAUGGGCGUCUCCAUCAAUGCACAGACGAACGUGGACUCGGAGUAUGUGCGUGCGGUGAAGACCAUUUCGAUGGUGCUCCACAAGCGCAUGUUCAACAUAUUCUAUCGGUUCGAGCUGACCUACAUGCUGACGCCGCUGGCUCGGGCCGAGCGCCGAGCGUUGAAUGUGCUUCACAACUUUACGGAGAAGAUCAUUGUGCAGCGGCGCGAGGAGCUGCUGCGUGCGAGCAAUGCCGGCGAGCGGAGUGCACAGAGUCCAGACGAUGCGGACGUGGGUGCGAAGCGUAAGAUGGCCUUUCUGGACAUAUUGCUGCAGUCGAGCAUUGAUGACAAGCCGCUGACCAAUAUGGACAUACGCGAGGAGGUAGACACAUUUAUGUUCGAGGGCCAUGAUACCACCUCCUCGGCCAUUAUGUUCUUCUUCUACAACAUUGCCAUGUAUCCGGAAUGCCAGCGCAAGUGUGUUGAUGAGAUCAUCUCGGUGUUGGGCAGGGAUAAGGAGACGCCCGUCACUUACGAUCUGCUGAAUAAGCUACACUAUGUAGAUCUGUGCAUCAAGGAGACACUGCGCAUGUAUCCCUCGGUGCCACUGCUGGGACGCAAGGUGCUCGAAGAGUGCGAAAUAAAUGGCAAGAUCAUUCCAGCCGGCACCAACAUUGGCAUUUCCCCUUUAUAUUUGGGCCGGCGCGAGGAGCUCUUUAGCGAACCGGACACAUUCAUACCGGAGCGUUUCGAUGUUGUCACCAGCGCCGAGAAGCUCAAUCCCUAUGCCUAUAUACCCUUCUCGGCGGGGCCGCGCAAUUGCAUUGGCCAGAAGUUUGCCACACUGGAGAUCAAGGCCAUUGUGGCGAAUGUGUUGCGGCACUUUGAAAUUGAAUUUGUGGGCAAUACCGCAGAGCCGCCAGUGCUCAUUGCUGAGCUGAUCCUGCGCACCAAGGAUCCACUCAUGUUCAAGCUAAAGGAGCGCACUCUUUAAUUGCAUUUCUAUAUAAGACGCUCUCUUCUUCAGUUUGUUUUUUUUUCCCGUUAAAAUAUUGCAAUAGAGAUGUGUGUGUAUAUAAUAAAUACUGAAAACUA